CAUUCGUUUUCUGACAUUCAUUCAGAUAUCUAAUUAAGAAUCUUUUACUUCUCAUAUUUCUAAUAAUUCUAGAAUUAAAAUAUUCAAGUAAUUAUGGAAAGGUGGAUCGGGAGAGUUGCUGUUCUAACUGGACCAACAGAAGGCAUGGGACAUUAUUUGGCUAAACAACUCGUCGAAUGUGGUUUAAUUGUUGCCGGAGUAGCCAGAAAUGUUGAGAAAAUGAAGAAAAUGGAGGAAACUUUGAAACAUAGCACAGGUCGUUUUGUAGGAUUCUUUAUGGAUUUGGAGGAUGAAGAUAGUAUAACAAAGAGUUUUGAAGAAAUUGAGAAAACUCUUGGUCCUGUUUCCGCUCUUAUAAAUAUGGGAAGUUCAUCGUCUAACUCAAAUUUGUUAGAGGACUCUAUAGAAGCUUGGGAGAGUACUAUUAAUGUUAAUGUUCUGGGUCCAGUAAUAUUGAUGAAGCUUGCUAUUAAAUCUAUGAAAAAGAAUAAUAUCAAAGGAAACAUAAUAAAUAUAGGAGGAACCGCGAGCUACUAUACUUCAGUGUUUCAAGAUUAUCACUUCUAUUCAGUUUCCAAGUUUAUUCUAAGAGCUUUAGGAGAUGCUCUCCGUAUGGAAUUUAGAGCAAAUAAUAUUCCAAUUAGAAUUUGCCAUGUUGGACCUGGACAUAUAAAAACGGGCGUUCAAGAUAGACUUGGGUUAUCAGGCGAAAUCAUAGAAACAGGAUUCCUAUACUAUGCCAGUGAAUUUUAUCAUAUGCAAAGCCACAAACUACCACGAAAAUUUCCAUUUAAAUGUGACGGAGAUAAUCUUUAUCAUAAUAACGUUUUACCCGCACUCGAGAUGAAUGAUGUUACGUCAGUAAUAAUUGACAUCUUAUCUAAGAGAGAUGAUGCAGAGAUUAUGGAUGUUAUCAUGAAACCAACUGAUAGGUUCGAUUUCUUUAAAUUAAAUAUAUAUACUAGUAUAUAUAUAUAUAUAUAAGAGAGAGAGAGAGGGACAGAGAGAGAGAGAGACUAAUUAAGCAAUUAUCUUUAUUUAUGUUAUUUUUCAGACAAAAUAGUGUGUUUGAAUCAGAUUUAUACUGGAGAUCUUGAUAUAUGAAGAAGAUAAUUGCCAAAAUUAAGGACCGAAGAACUAACUAGUCAUCAGUUUUAGAAAAUUUAAUGAAUUCUUUAACCUUGAUCAUUAAUAAUAAAGAAUAUAAUAUCUAAUAACACAUCUAAAUGUCUUUUAUUAUUAAUAUAGCUUUCUAACGCUUUUAUUCUAAAUAAAUAUAUUAUUGUAGUUCUUUGUGCCACUUUAGCAAGUAAUAAACUGAUCUGAUACGAGUUUUUAGUUUAUUAGUCCUAUUAAAUUGAAUGUAAAGAUUAUAGAAAACUAUGAAUAUUGCGUUAACUGUUUAAUAAAUAAAGAAUACAAGUAAGUGUAUGAGGCUCACCGAAGAAUUCUAAGAAGCUCUUUAGAUAUUCUAUCUUUUCUUACCAUUUUUUAAGCUUAAGUAGUUGUAUUGACUUUCAAAAAUUUGUAUAGGUGUUAAUAUAUGCUAUAA